AUGUCGAUGCGGCGGACCUUAUGGCAGACGCUCAAGUGUACUGAUAAUGUUCUCAGAUCACCAUUUGCGCCUCCCUCGACCAGCUGCACGCGAUCAUGGCUCCGUCACUACAACACUGUCACGGUAGAUGCCGCCGAGCUAUCCUUCGGACAACCUGUCCAUGAGACUCACCCGCACCUUCUUCGCCCUGGGGAGCUGACGCCCGGCAUCAACGCCCAGGAAUAUGCGGAUCGCCGGACGAAACUGGCAGCCAAACUGCCGGACAAGGCCAUCGCAAUUGUGGCAGCCUCAGACAUCCAGUUCCGCUCCGGCAGCGUCUUCUACGAGUUCCACCAAGAUCCCGACUUCCUCUACCUGACCGGAUUCAACGAGCCCGAGGCGCUCGCGGUGAUUGGCAAAGACGCGACAGGCACGGACCAUACAUUUCACCUCUUCGUGCGGGAGAAGGACCCGAAGGCGGAGAUCUGGGAUGGCGCGAGAUCAGGCAUAGAUGCGGCGAGAGAUGUUUUCAAUGCCGACGAGACAGGGGAUGUUUCCAAGCUGAAGAGGAUCCUGCCGGAGCUGGUGGGCGAGGCGUCCCAGGUCUAUACCGACAUCACGACGCCGGAUCCCAACCAGUCGGUUCUGAGGCGGUUUCUGUUCGGCGCAGCUCGCAGGACAACAGAAUUCGCCGACGUCAUCGAGCCGAAAAAGCUGCAUCGGCUGAGGCCCCUCAUGAACGAUCUACGAGCUUUCAAGAGCCAGGCCGAGAUAGAGCUGAUGCGACACGCCGGCAGGGCAUCCGGGCGAGCACAUACCGAGGCGAUGAGAAAGGCAUGGACGCGGGAGAAGCAGCUCGAUGCUUAUCUCAGAUACCGCUUCGUCGCGAACGGCUGUGACACCCAUGCAUUCGAGCCCGUGGUGGCGGGCGGGAAAAACGCAUUGAGCAUCCACUACGUGCGCAACGACGACGUUCUCCACGACGACGAGCUGGUUCUGGUAGACGGAGGCGGCAAAUACGGUGGCUACAUCGCCGACAUCACCAGGACGUGGCCCGUUGGAGGGAAAUUCAGCGCCGCGCAGAAAGAUCUUUACCAGGCCGUCCUCACUGUGCAAAGGACCUUGGUCUCGCUCUGUCGUGGCAGCGCAAACAUGUCCCUGGAUAGACUCCACACCGUCGCCGAGGAAUAUCUCUCCAAGGAGCUGAAACAGAUCGGCUUCGACAUGUCCUCCAAGGCCAUUGAGAAGCUCUUCCCGCACCAUCUGGGCCACUAUAUCGGCAUGGACGUCCACGACACCGUCGGAUACAGCAGGAAGGUCACCCUGCAAGAAGGCCACUGUAUCACCAUUGAGCCCGGCAUUUACGUCCCAGAUGACGAGCGCUGGCCCAAGCAUUUCAGGAAUAUGGGCGUUCGUAUCGAGGACAGUGUCAGUGUCCAGGAGGACAGCCCGUAUGUUUUGACGACCGAGGCUGUAAAGGAAAUUGUAGAUAUUGAGGCCUUGAGGGAUUGA